AUGCUCGUUAUGCUUGUUCUCCGCGUCCCCGAGCAAGCUACCAAGCCACCAAUGAGCUCUGUUCUCGUCAAACUCCCCAGAAAGCUCGAUCUCUUGGGCUUUGCCCUCUUCGCCAUCGCCUGUACCAUGUUUCUGACUGCCAUCAAUUGGGGCGGAGCAACCUACCCCUGGAGCUCGGCAAAAGUGAUUGGGCUUCUCUGUGGAAGUGGUGGUAUACUGGCACUCUUCAUCACAUGGGCUAUCCAUCGGGGUGGUGCCACCAUCAUGGUGGGCUACUACCUACCUUUGUGGUUUCAGGCUGUCAAGGGAGCCUCGCCGACCGAUAGUGGCCUCAUGAUGCUGCCGACAAUGAUAAGUCAGAUCCUAGGUUCAAUGACGUCGGGCGCACUCGUUCGCAAGCUCCAUUACGUUCCCCCUUGGGCAAUCAUUGGUAGUGUGAUGACAGCAGUCGGAUCCGGACUCAUUACCACAUUCACAGCAGAUACAAGCAAGGGAAAGUGGAUCGGUUAUCAGAUCAUCGCGGGGUUCGGACGGGGUGCAGCGUUGAACAUGCCCAUCGUCGCCAGCCAAGAAUAUCUAAGCCGCGACUCCAUUGCUAUUGCCAGUUCUGCUAUUGCUCUGUGUCAAUAUCUGACUGGGUCCGUUGCCAUCUCCGUGGCGCAGGCUAUCUUCCAGAAUCGCUUGACGCCAGCUCUGGAAAUGUACGCGCCCAAUGUUGAUCCAGCAAUCAUCCUGCAUGCUGGCGCUACAGGAUAUGCCGAUGUUUUACCUGCUGACCAGCUCCCCGGAGUUCAAUUCGCGUAUAAUGAAGCAUUGGUCAAGGUCUUUUUUCUCCCCACAGCCACUGCUGCUGUGGCUGCCUUGCUGAGCUUUGGCUUCGCUUGGAAGAAAAUUGGCGUAGAGGAGCACAACGAAACGCCUCCAGCUGUUUCAGAUCAUGUCCAGAGUGAGUAG